CUCUCUCUUUAAGCUUCUAGGGUUUAGCAGUACGUAUCUCUCUAAUGGUAACAGUGUCGAUCGAUAUUUGAAGAGUCCAUCUGUAUUUGAAAUUUUAGAUUUUGCUAUUUUCACCGGAUAUACAAAUUUUCAUCAAUGUCGAUUCCAAGCGAAUUGUAUCCUAGCCAAGACGAUCUUCUGUACGAGGAAGAGCUCCUCAGAAAUCCCUUCAGUCUGAAGCUAUGGUGGCGUUACCUGAUUGCGCGAACCGAAUCCCCUUUCAAGAAAAGAGCAGUAAUCUAUGAACGAGCUCUCAAAGCCCUUCCCGGAAGCUACAAACUAUGGCAUGCUUAUCUCCGCGAACGCCUCGAAUUGGUACGCAAUUUACCUAUUUCUCACGCCCAGUACCAAACUCUAAACAAUACAUUCGAACGAGCUUUAGUUACAAUGCACAAAAUGCCUCGAAUUUGGAUCAUGUACUUGACUAGUUUAACUGAGCAGAAGCUGGUUACUCGAACUCGUAGGACCUUUGAUAGAGCUCUCUGCGCCUUGCCUGUGACACAACACGAAAGGAUUUGGGAACCAUAUUUGGUUUUCGUGAGCCAAAGGGGUGUUCCUAUUGAGACGUCACUUAGGGUUUACAGAAGGUAUCUGAAGUAUGACCCUGGUCAUAUCGAGAAUCUCAUUGAGUUCUUGUUGAAUUCGAAGCUAUGGCAAGAAGCAGCUGAGAGAUUGGCUGGCGUCUUAAACGACGAUAGAUUCUAUUCGAUUAAGGGGAAGACUAAACAUAGGCUAUGGUUAGAGCUAUGUGAUUUGCUUACCCAACAUGCUACAGAGAUCUCAGGUUUGAAUGUGGAUGCUAUCAUUAGAGGUGGUAUCAGGAAGUUUACAGAUGAGGUGGGUCGUCUAUGGACUUCAUUAGCAGAUUAUUAUAUCAGGAGGCAGUUGUUAGAGAAAGCCAGAGAUGUAUUUGAAGAAGGGAUGACUACUGUUGUGACAGUAAGAGAUUUUAGUGUAAUCUUUGAUGCAUACUCACAGUUUGAAGAAAGCGUGCUUGCUUUGAGGAUGGAAACCAUGACUGAGAGUGAAGAUGAAGAGGAAGAUGGUGAGACAGAGAAUGGCAUCGAAGAUGAAGAUGAAGAAGAUGAUAGGCUUGAUGUGGGAAAGCUGGAGGAAAAACUUAAGAAAUUUUGGGUCUCUGAUUACAAGGAUGUUAAUUUGAGGAUAGCAAGAUUCGAGCAUCUUAUGGAUAGAAGGCCAGAACUUGCUAAUAGUGUUCUUCUUCGCCAAAACCCUCAUAAUGUGGAACAAUGGCAUAGAAGAGUCAAGAUAUUUGAAGGGAACCCCACAAAGCAGAUAUUGACAUACACUGAGGCUGUAAGAACAAUUGAUCCAAUGAAAGCUGUUGGGAAACCUCAUACUUUAUGGGUUGCAUUCGCCAAAUUGUAUGAAAGUCACAAGGAUAUUGGUAAUGCAAGGGUAAUAUUUGAUAAGGCUGUGCAAGUGAAUUAUAAAGCUGUGGAUAAUUUGGCUAGUGUGUGGUGUGAAUGGGCAGAAAUGGAACUUAGACAUAAAAAUUUCAAGGGAGCUUUGGAACUAAUGAGGAGGGCUACUGCUGAACCUUCUGUUGAGGUCAAACGGAGAGUGGCUGCUGAUGGCAAUGAACCAGUACAAAUAAAGUUGCACAAAUCCUUGAGACUUUGGACUUUUUAUGUGGAUUUAGAGGAAAGUUUAGGCACUUUGGAAUCCACUCGUGCUGUUUAUGAGAGGAUCUUGGAUCUUCGUAUUGCCACUCCACAAAUUAUUAUAAACUAUGCAAUGCUAUUAGAGGAUAACAAGUACUUUGAAGAUGCUUUUAAGGUGUAUGAAAGAGGUGUGAAGAUCUUCAAAUACCCACAUGUGAAGGAUAUUUGGGUUACUUAUCUCUCUAAAUUUGUCAAAAGAUACGGGAAGUCCAAACUUGAAAGGGCUAGAGAACUAUUUGAGCAUGCAGUUGAAAUGGCUCCUGCAGAAGUUGUAAAGCCAUUAUACAUUCAAUAUGCAAAACUGGAAGAAGAUUAUGGUCUAGCUAAAAGAGCCAUGAGGGUAUAUGAUCAAGGCACAAAAGCUGUCCCAUCAAAUGAGAAAUUAAGCAUGUAUGAAAUAUACAUCGCACGUGCAGCUGAAAUAUUUGGAGUUCCAAAAACUCGGGAGAUUUAUGAGCAGGCAAUUGUGACAGAUGGACUUCCAGAAAAGGAUGCAAUGAAGAUGUGUAUAAAAUAUGCAGAGCUUGAAAAGAGUCUUGGAGAAAUCGAUAGGGCAAGAAAGAUAUAUGUUUAUGCAUCUUGGUUGGCUGAUCCCAGAUCUGAUGGUGAUUUUUGGAAUAAAUGGCAUGAAUUUGAAGUGCAACAUGGGAAUGAGGAUACUUUUAGAGAUAUGCUCAGGAUUAAGAGGAGUGUUUCUGCUAGACAUAGCCAGACACACGUGAUGCUACCUGAGUACUUAAUGCAAAAGCCUACAGUCGAUGAAGCCAUGGACGCAUUAAAGAAAGCCGGUGUCCCUGAAGACGAAAUGGCCGCUUUAGAAAGACAGCUGGCACCUGCCGCCCCCAAAACCACCACCACCACCACCACCACCAUGGAUUCCGGCAACCGGAAGCUUGGAUUUGUGAGUGGCGGUGUACAGUCGUCGGAAACCGCCUCUGGAAUCCAAAACCAGGAAGAGAUUGAGCUUCCGGAAAGUGAUGAUGAAGAAGAAGAUGAUGAUGAUGGGAAGGUUGAGAUCUCACAGAAAGAUGUUCCGGAAGCUGUUUUUGGAGGACUUGUGAGAAAAAGAGAUGAAGAAGAAGAAGAAGAACAAGUGAAAAAAGAUAAUGAAAAUGGUGAUGCUGGUAGUCGUCUUGGUGCACUUGAAAGAAUUAAGCGAAUGCGACAGGGAAACUAGUUUUUUCUUUUUUGAGUUUAAAUUGUUUUGAAAUUUUGAAUGUUUUAGUUGGGAAUCGUUUAAAAAACUGUAUUGUAAAAAACUUGUUAUUGGUAUUUCUACGAGUCUUUUUGGUGUUGGGAU